UAUGGAAGGAAAGAAAUUGUGCGUGGAAAAUUCUUCUGCAGAUAAUCUGUUCUGUGAAUAGACCGCAAUAAAAGAUGAACGUCGUAAUCACUUAAGCUAUAAUGGAUCGUCUUGGACGGAUGUGUGCUGUCGUUCGAUGCGACUCGUCAGUUAUAGAUCCAGAACGAAAUACACAGUGCGUAACUCGGCGAAAUUUCGAUAAAAAGUGUCGCAGAAAAAUGGUUUUGCAACGUGUCUUAAAAGAAGAAGUAUUAGUGAGACGAAAGUAAAACGACAGGUAAAUGUUCAAACUCAUUCGCAGAGAAAAUCAAAUCCUUUAAAUCCUCGAAUCAUCGAUAAUCUGGUUCUUAGUCUGUUUUCAUGCGUUCUUAUCGAGUCAACAAAAGGAAUUAAUGCGGUGUGAUUGAUGCAACGUAACGACGUAGUUUCGUACUUUUUGUUCUUGCUCGUACCUUACAUAUAAGCAUUGAUAAUAUACAACCGAUUCAGGAACUCUAGGUCAACUUGACAACUAGAGAGUCAAAGCUUAAACACUAAAUCUAUCGCUUAUCGAUCACAAAAUCCCGGUGAAUCUCACGUCAGAAGUUUUAUAUCUUUAUCUAUCCAGAUAAGGAAACAUCCUAAAAAAAAAAAAAAAAACACGGUCGACGAGCUGGAGUAAUAAAUCUGCUUCAAGCAACCCCCCGAGCGAGUUCUCCGCAACUAUCUGUCGUCUUUAACGCAUGUAGGUUUGCCCAGAAUUCAGCAAAUACGAAUACCGCGGCAUGCAGGAAGCGUACAGGAAACGUCUACACGGCGCAUUUACUUCCGGCUGUGUAGGAAGAGCGCGCACAAAUAUCAAUCAGUGGAGUCAAGAGUAGAAUCAGGGUGGCCGAGUGGUUCCACAUAAUGCUGCAACCGGAGGUGAGAGUUGCACACCUUGUCUCGUGUCCAUUCGCCACUGGCUCUGUACACAAACACACGACAUCGUACCGGUCCAUAUACGUAUCUUGACGCAACACAGCAUCACCCACACGAUCACCUGGAAAACGAAUAAACAUAUCCACCCGUAGUGCCUACGCACGCAUACACACAGCAGAGAAAAUAACGUGUGUUAGUGGUUGGUAGCGUGCGGUGGCAUCAGCUCUGGGGAAUCGUCGUUUCGCUUGUGUUCGCUUCGUGAUAUCCAAAGCGUGCGUCAGUGUGCGUGAUCAGGGCCAUGGUGAGUGGUUUCGUGGGGGUGGAGUAGGGAAGAAGAAGGCGUGCCUCGGAGGCGGAGUCUCCAUCGAAAAUCCCGGCAUGCAUCCAACAUCUGUGUGGGUGUUCCUGCCUGUAGUGUCUCACUAUCUUUCUCAGUCGUACUGCAGUGGAUGAUCAAGCUCGUGUGCGGUCUCUCCCCUCUCUUUCUCGCAGUCUAACUCGCGACUUUCGUCCGUCAUCGCAUGGGAGUUCCUCCACUAUCAGACCCGUUAACAGCAGUCGGCGUCGAGGCACCCGCUAUAACGUCUCUCACAUCCCCGGGUGCUGGUGCUCGCCGUUCCUGACCUGUCCGGCCGAUGGGCCGCACGGAAAUCAGUGUCCUCGACAUCCGGAAGCUCGUUCCAUUCGAUACGUGUAUCGUUAUCCAACGAGCAUCCCUUACAAGCGAUCGACAUUGUCAUCGACCAAACAUCGUCAGUUUUAAGCAUCUGACGUAUUGCAAAUACCUACGUCGGAGUUACUGGAGCAAAUUUCUUCCUGAAGGCUGUUGAGGGUUCAUACUUCAUGGAAAGGGAUGAUUUUUGGAGAUCGUUGAAGAGGAACAGUGUCGGUGAGAAGGUUUAUUCGAGCAGUCUACGGAGCAGCGUGUAGUAUUGUUCGUUGCUGUAAUAAUAAUAAAAGAAAAGAUAAGGGUGCAUGGUUCGCUAACACCCUGUGGUGGUGCAAUACGCUCCUUGAACGAGGGGCGGAUGUCGUGUACAGUGAAGGGAGGAUUGUUGUAAAGAAUAGUGAUCGAACUUUCCGAGCACGAUGAUGGAAGUGCAGCAGCAGCACUCGCCUGUAGGGGUGGGUCCUCUGGACUUUUCACGCAGGGGUGUCGCGGAGGCGUCCGCUUUUCGUGUUGUCAAGCCGAAACAGUCGGCAUCCUCGCUGGUGCAUCAGCAAGCGUUGUCGCCGGAAACCAAUAACAACGAGAAUCUUCAGGAGAAUCCGCAAAUUCCUGUGGAAGCUGAAGGAGGAUGCAACGUUCGUUUAAUGUUCCCCAGACUGUGGGCUCCUUUCGGAAAUGCUACCGAGGUCACGAACCUACCCCCUUUGCCCAAAAGUCAUUCAGAACGAUUGUCUUUCGGAGUGGGCCGUCUGGUGGGUUCCCCAGCAACAAGGAGUCCGUCUCCAUCUCACUCUCCUUGUCCAGACUCUCCUCCGUCGGAUCGUCGAGACACCGAGGUGGACGUGGACGUCGAAGAGGAGGAAGUCGACGUAGACGUCGAAGAAGUCGGCGACGAAGACGAUCGCGAUGCUAUGUCGAGUCCUCCACGCUCAUCCACGACACCUUCUCCAACCAGCGUCGCGAUAUCGCCCACCUCGAAUCCACCAAAGAAAUCCGGUGACACUUUCAGCGUUUCCGCUCUUCUCAGGCCGGAUCCACCCUCUGCCCAUCUUCAAAACGCAUCACCGCACAGAGACACAACGUCGAUCGGUGCACAUCCUCCUCCACCAGGAUCCUCCAUUCUCUAUCCACCUCUUCAUCUUCAAGGUGGACUGUUACCACCUCAUCCUCAUCAUCCCCUUUCGUACCUGCAUCCUCAACUGCUGCCUCAUCAUUUGUUACCUCCGCACUUGCAUCCAUUGCUACGUGGCGUUCAUCCAGGUCACCCUGGCCUGCACUCGACCCACACCGCGCAUGGGCUCCAUCAUCAUCCGCUCGGAGACGUCUACAGCUGUGUCAAGUGCGACAAGAUGUUCAGCACGCCUCACGGACUCGAGGUACAUGCAAGGAGGUCGCACAAUGGGAAGAGACCCUUUGCCUGCGAGCUCUGUAAUAAAACGUUCGGCCAUGAAAUCAGCCUUACCCAACACAGAGCCGUGCAUUCCGCGGAGAAGGUGUUCGAGUGCAAGCAGUGCGGCAAAGCAUUUAAGCGUUCCAGUACUUUAAGUACUCAUCUUUUAAUCCACUCGGACACGAGACCGUACCCCUGUCAGUUCUGUGGGAAGAGAUUCCAUCAGAAGAGCGACAUGAAAAAGCACACCUACAUUCAUACCGGCGAGAAACCGCACAAGUGCCAGGUAUGCGGCAAGGCGUUUUCCCAAAGCAGUAACCUGAUUACGCAUUCGAGGAAGCACACGGGCUUCAAACCGUUCGCCUGCGAGCUCUGUGGCCGAGCUUUCCAACGAAAAGUCGAUCUGAGAAGGCAUCGAGAGACCCAGCACGCCGAUUUAAACACGUCUCAACGACCGUCGAUCGCAUCGAUCCCUGGUCAAAACUCUUUACCAAACGGCAAUCCACCAAUGAUGCAGUGAAUAAUUCUCAAACGAUAAUCAAAAGAAAGAAACUAUAAACCUUUUAUCCUCUGAGAGGAAGCUGGUUGAAGAAUGUUAAUCGAAUUCUUUCCAAAUGGUGCAAUCGACGAAACGUCUUCGACGCGACGGAUCUCAUUUUUCUUCGUCGUCGAAGUUACAAGAGAACUUUAUACACUAGAAGGGUGUGCAUUAACUGUACAUUUAACGAACUCGUGUAUUUAUUAUUUAAUAAUUCGAUGAAAGACACGUUCGUUUUAUUUUCUUUUUUCUUUUUUUUUUUUUGAGUGCAAUUGAGUGUGAGGCUUCACCGAGAGCUGCGUUAGAACUCGCCGACUGGAAUGCAACCGUACAUUCCGAUACGUUAUUCCAGGUUGAAAACGAAGUGUGCAAAGUGAUAUACGCGCAUAAUUGUUACCAAAGCUGUACAUUCCACAUUACUCGCGGCUGGAGCAAGAAAGUACUAUUAUAGGAAGGGAUUAGAUCCUCGACGAUCUUUUUUCUUAAGCGAAACACACCUUACUCGAUUCGUUUACGUUGUUUUGUGAAAUCGUUUCCGCGGUUUCUUCGUAGGAUCGUUAGGUAUUCUAUUUGGAUUCUAUUUAAAAGAAAAGAUGAAAUCCAUCGAGAAAUUUUUUGUUUUCAGCGUUGCUACACUCCGUGUUGAAUCGUUCGUUAAGUAUCGAUAAUCGUUCUCUCUACUUCUCUUAUUACGUAGACAUUUACGCAACGUUUAUUCCGACGAUUAAACGAGUUUAUUUCCAAUAAUACAAUUUAUCGAAUUCUACGAUACUUGCAAACAUUUUUGAACGUAGCGUAUAAGAAUGAUAGUACUGUGUUGUAAAGAGUGUAACGAGAAAUUUAUUUUAUUCGACUGUGUAAAUUUAUUUAAACUCGUUUGAUCGUCGACAGUGAACAACGUAUAAAAAAGUACGAGCAGCGUACUGUAUUUUGCAUAUCUUCAGCACCUAUCGUUCGAGAAAGGGCAUCACCCACUCCAAAGUUGCAACAGUGACCAAAAAAAGAACUUGUAAAUAGCACAUAGAUUGUAUCUCGCCUAGCCUAAGCGUAUAAAUAUAUAUAUAUAUAAAUACGAGAUAUAAAUAAACGAAAGAAGCACAAAACGAGUCGAGGCUAUAAAUAUUAUAAAUAGAAACGAGAUUUAAAAAGAAAGCGUCGUUUGAAAACGAUUUAUCGUAAUCGAAAGGAAAAGAAGGGGAAUGAAUCAUUCCUCUUUCAGUCUCGCCAAGAAGAAUAAUUGUAUUCUUUCUCUCUUCACGCUAUUGAAGUUUUUAUUGUUGUACCAUUCCUAUCAUUAUGUAAUUAUUGUAAUUAGAGAAUUCGCUAUUAAUAUUAUUGCCAUUAUUAUUAAUAUUAUUAUUAUUAUUAUUAACAAUAAAUGCUGUUACCAUUUGUAAUUCUUUCUCAGUGAUACGUAUCAAUCCCUUUCUUUCUUUGCUGGCUCUAUUUCCCGUAGUCAAUUCGUCGAAUCAACUCCGAUGCAAAGUUUAUAUCAC